AUGAUUUUUCUAUAUUGGCGCACUCUUUUCAACAUGUCACUGUACCCUUCUAUUUCUCCAUCUUCUAAUGAAUGUGUAACUGCUGUUGAAUUGUAUAUCAAAUGUCGAAAUCUAGUCAACAAAGAUUUGAUGUCCUUAUCAGAUCCACUUGCUGCUGUCUACUUAUUUGAAAGGGGAUCCUGGAAUGAGGUGGGAAGAACAGAGAAAAUAACCAACAGCUUAAAUCCAGAAUUUUCAAAACCAGUUCCAAUCCGUUAUUAUUUCGAAGAAGUCCAGAAGCUUAAGAUUUGUGUGUAUGAUAUUGACAAUGAAACAUCCACCCUUUCUGACGAUGACUUUCUUGGCGAAAUAGAAUGUUCUUUAGGACAGGUCGUCUCUUGUUCUCCGUUUACAAAAACUCUGAGUCGAGGUGGAUCAGGGUCAAUAACUGUUUCUGCAGAAGAGCUUUCAGAAGCAGGUGAAAUUAUUACAUUCAAUUUUUCUGGUGAAAAUCUGGACAAAAAGGAUUUCUUUGGUCUUUCAGACCCUUAUAUUGAAAUUUUCCGACAAACACAAUCCAACUGGCAAUUGGUCCAUAGAACUGAGGUCAUAAAGAACAAUUUGAAUCCCAAAUGGAAGCCAUUUGAGUUGAAGGCACAAACAUUGUGUAAAGGAGACAGACAAUUAAAAAUCAAAAUUGAUUGUUAUGAUUGGGACAGUGAUGGAUCACAUGACUUCAUUGGCUCUUGUGUUACAACCCUGGGAGACAUGGAAAAAGCCACUGACAAAUCACUCAGCUGGCCAUUGAUGAACCCUAAAAAGGCAGCAAAGAAAAGCAGCUACAAAAAUUCAGGGAAACUCGUUCUCAGAUCAAUCCGGGUCAUGAAGCUAACUUCAUUUUUGGAGUAUAUCUUUGGAGGAAUGCAGAUUAAUUUUACCGUGGCAGUUGAUUUUACUGGUUCCAAUGGCAAUCCCAGAAAGCCGGAUUCUUUACAUUACAUGGAUCCAUAUCAGCCAAACCAGUACAUGCAGGCAAUUAGAGCUGUGGGAAAUGUAUGCCAAGACUAUGACAGUGAUAAAUAUUUUCCAGCUUUGGGAUUUGGAGCAAAGAUUCCCCCCAGUAUGCAAGUUUCACAUGAGUUCCCUCUGAAUUUCAACAUGCAGAAUCCUUUUUGUGCUGGAAUUGAUGGAGUUCUAGCAGCCUACCAAAACUGUCUCCCCCAGAUACAGUUGUAUGGCCCUACAAAUGCAGCACCCACCAUUAACCAUGUGGCCCGCUUUGCAUAUUCAGCUCAAAUGGAAGAGCCACAAAAAGGUGCACAUGCUUACUUCAUCUUGCUAAUGCUGACUGAUGGGGUCCUAACUGACAUGAAUGAUACUCGAAGUGCUAUUGUCCAGGCUUCGUAUUUACCCAUGUCCUUGAUUAUCGUUGGAGUAGGCAAUGCAGACUUUACAAAUAUGAACAUGCUUGAUGCUGAUAAUGAUAUUCUAAGAGAUCCUGCAGGUCGACCAGCUGCAAGGGACAUUGUGCAAUUUGUUCCGUUCCGAGAAUUUGCUAAGAAUCCAGGAAGUACGAAAACAAGAGAAAGCACAAGUAUAGAACUUGCAAGGCAUGUCCUUGCAGAAAUCCCUAAACAAGUUGAAGGUUAUUACCGGAUGAGAGGUAUUCCCGCCAAUCCUAAGCGUGCAGCACCACCACCACAACCAGCACCCUCAGCAGCAGCCCCAGCCCCAUAUCCACACAAUACGCAGGCUCCAUCAGCACCAGCCCCAUAUCCACAGAAUAUGCAGGCUCCAUCAGCACCAUAUCCACAGAAUAUGCAGGCUCCAUCAGCACCUUCAUUGUAA